UAGACCGCUAUAAGCACCUUUCAACCCGUAUUACAUUAGAUACAGAAUAGCAAGAUGGCCGAAAAAGCAGCACGAAAGCAGGAAAAGGACUAUACCGCCGAGGUGGAUACGCUCAUCCCCGAGCUGGAAGGAUUGGUCAAGCAGGAUGGCAAGGUGCAAGAUACACUGGAUAAGCUCCAGGCGAUGGAGAAACAGACUCGAAAUGCUGCCGAUCUGAGCUCGACCUCUCGACUGUUAGCUCAUCUCCCUAAGCUCCUGUACAACCUCCCACCAGCCACCUCCCUGCCCCAACAUUUCCCUACGCUGAUCACUUCCCUGACAACCUACUCGAGAAAGCACGGUCAGCUGAAAGAAGCCGUCGUCAGGAUGGUCGAUUCGGCAAUGUCGAUUUUGGAGGAGAUUCAAGGAGGCAAGGGGCGUAUUGAGAGGAAGUACGUGGACGCGGAUAGUGAGGGAGACCGGUGGUUGGAUUUGGUAGACUGCCUGCGAGAUAUCACCGAGGGCAAGAUCUACCUCGAGCUGCAACGUGCGAGAUUGACGAAAAUGUUGGCCUCUUGGUACGAAGAGCUAGCCGCAAGCGCGCCGGAGACGAAUAAUCAGCCUGCCAAACCCACGGCUAUCCCUUCGCUUCGACCAUCAGACGACGAGGAGAGCAAAGCAGGAUCGACUGAAUCUUCGAAAGAGAAGGAGAAGAGGAAGAAUGCCGUGACAAAGAGGGAUUACCUGGAGGCGGCCGCGGACUUGAUGACCGACGUUCAGGUCGAAACCUACAGUAGCAUGGACAAGCGAGAAAAGACGGAAUUCAUUCUCGAUCAGAUGAGGCUGGAGAGCACACGUGACCAGUGGCCGAGGGUCAGGGUCGGAGGACGUAAAAUCCACCGUGGUUUCUUGAAGGAGAAGGAGAAUGCGGACUUGAAACUGCGCUACUACGACCUGAUCAUCCAGCUGGCGCUGCAUGAGGACAAAUACCUGGAUGCUUGCAAAGCUUAUCAGGAGGUCUGGGACACCGAAGAGGUCAAGGCGGAUCCCGAGAAGGAGAAGGAGGCCAUCGAAAACAUUAUCGUCUUUAUCGUUCUGGCACCCUACGAUAAUGAACAACACGACAUGCUGAACAAGCUAUACGCCAACACUAAGUUACAGAAAUGCGUGCUUCACUACGAGCUCCUGAAAUGCUUCAUCACGAAGGAGCUGAUGCGAUGGCCUGGUAUCGAGGCAAUCUAUGGACCCACCCUGAGGGAGAGCUCUGUGUUUAGCCAGUCAAUUGCCGAAGGCGAGGCGGACGAUGGUACUAAAAGGUGGAACGCCUUGCACCAACGGGUCAUUGAACACAACAUCCGUGUCGUCGCUUCCUACUACACCCAAAUUACGUUGCCUCGCUUGACGGAACUUCUGGACCUGAGUGCGGCUGAAGCUGAGCGAACACUAUGCCGAUUGGUGACCGACAAGGUCGUACGGGCAAAGAUCGACCGACCGGCUGGUAUCGUCGGCUUUUCGCCGAGAAGCAACCCGGAUGAGAUUCUGAACGCGUGGAGUGGAGACUUGGGCAAAAUGUUGGGACUGAUCGAAAAGACCAGUCACCUGAUCAACAAGGAGUAUGCGAUUCAUGCGGCACGAGCUGCGAUGGCGAACCGAUAAAGCAAGCCGAUUGUAUCCCUUAGGCCCCUUGACGACAUUGCGAUGAACAUGCUAUGCGAUUGACCUUUCGCGGCGACUCGUGACCGAAAACAUAACGUGCGAUGACACUGG